AUGCAAGAAUACCAACAACAGCAACAACAGCAGCAGCGGAUAAAGGGUGCCCAGUUCAAGGGCACCCUCGACACCUCCCUCGCCCAACGCUCCCUUGCCCAACAAUUCAAAUCAAAAUCAGACUCCCGUUCUCCUUCCCCUUCCUCGGCCACAUCAUCAUUAUCACCAAGGAAACCCCUCGUUUUCAAGAAACCAACAAAACACCAAUUCUCCUGGUCGGAGCUCACAAAGAUGGUCGCCUCUAAGGAUCUCGGCCCCAUGGGUCGCUCUGAGGCCGUCCAGGCCGCAUACCAAAAGGCCAUCAAGCGCAGGACGAUAAAAUACGGCUCUCCCGACGAAUAUAUCCGCCAGCGGAUACUCCACUGGCCUCCCGCCGAAAAGACCGACGAUUCUUCCUCACCCCUCUCUUACUCUGAUGGAAACGAAUCCUCCACUUCCUCAUGCUCGUCAUCCCUCUCUCCACCUACAUCCCCUACCGGUCCUGUCGACCCGCUCGAGGUCAACCUGAAGAAGAACGAGUUCCCUUACUCGGUCAAACCAGGCAUCGAGCAUUGGUUGAUCUGGUCCCGUCAACCCCUGACAGACGAGGUAUGGAUCCGUCGGUACCUCCAGGAGAGAUUGCCCGGCCGCGAUUACUUGUACUUUAUCAAUCCUCCAGAGCUCCGCAGUGUGCCCACAAUUUCGCAUGUCCAAGUUUUUACCAAGGGUGAGGGCGAGGUUCUUGAUGAGGAGGAUAUGGAGCUCAAGAAGGAGGAGAGGGAAGCUGCCACUGCCUUAUUUUCUCCUGUUUCUGCCAUCGCCGCUGCCGAAUAG